CCCGGCACCGAGUGGAGCGCGAACCGCCGCGUGCCAAGUUCUGGGUUCCGGACUCGCGCGGCAGUUGUCACGAGGCGGGCACACAGUCGGGCGCGGGUCGGCAGGUCUCGGACUGUGGCCGCGGCGGCGGCAGCGUGGGGCCUCGGGGUCGCGGGACUCUGUUCCGGCAAAUUUAAACCAGUGCAGUGAUGACUCAAGUCAACGGGGCUCACAAGGAUGCUGACCUGUGGUCGUCGCAUGAUAAAAUGCUGGCACAACCCCUGAAAGACGGUGACACUGAGGUUUACAACAUCAUCAAGAAGGAGAGUAACCGGCAGAGGGUCGGGCUGGAGCUGAUCGCGUCAGAGAAUUUCGCCAGCCGAGCAGUUUUGGAGGCUCUGGGCUCUUGCUUAAAUAACAAGUACUCCGAGGGGUACCCAGGCCAGAGGUAUUAUGGCGGGACCGAGUUCAUCGACGAGCUGGAGAUCCUCUGUCAAAAGCGAGCGCUGCAGGUCUAUGGUCUGGACCCCAAGUGCUGGGGGGUCAAUGUCCAGCCCUACUCAGGCUCCCCUGCCAACUUCGCGGUGUACACCGCCCUGGUGGAGCCCCACGGGCGCAUCAUGGGCCUGGACCUGCCCGAUGGCGGCCACCUGACCCACGGGUUCAUGACAGACAAGAAGAAAAUCUCGGCCACAUCCAUCUUUUUUGAAUCUAUGCCCUAUAAGGUGAACCCAGACACUGGCUACAUCAACUACGACCAACUGGAGGAAAAUGCCCGCCUCUUCCACCCGAAGCUGAUUAUCGCAGGAACCAGCUGCUAUUCCCGAAACCUGGACUACGCUCGACUGAGGAAGAUCGCGGACGACAACGGGGCAUAUCUCAUGGCCGACAUGGCGCACAUCAGCGGGCUGGUGGCGGCUGGCGUGGUGCCCUCCCCCUUUGAGCACUGCCACGUGGUGUCCACCACCACCCACAAAACCCUGAGAGGCUGCCGAGCCGGCAUGAUCUUCUACAGGAGAGGAGUGUGCAGCGUGGAUCCCAAGACGGGCAAAGAGACUCUGUACAACCUGGAGUCGCUUAUCAACUCGGCCGUGUUCCCAGGCCUGCAGGGCGGCCCCCACAACCACGCCAUUGCUGGGGUCGCUGUGGCCCUGAAGCAAGCGAUGACUCCGGAAUUCAGACUUUACCAGCGCCAGGUGGUGGCCAACUGCCGGGUUCUGGCUGAGACCCUGAUGGAGCUGGGCUACAAAGUGGUGACAGAUGGUGCUGAAGUUGGGGGCGGCCGAGGGACAGAGCCUCUUUGUCUCAAAGGUGACAAAAGCGCGCUGCGGCCCAGCGGACUGCGUCUGGGGACUCCAGCCCUGACAUCCCGAGGACUUUUGGAAAAAGAGUUCCAGAAAGUAGCCCAGUUUAUACACAGAGGGAUAGAACUGACUCUGCAGAUUCAGAAUGACGUUGGGGCCAGGGCCACCCUGAAGGAGUUCAGAGAGAAACUGGCAGGGGACGAGAAGCACCAAAGGGCCGUCCGGGCUCUCAGGGAGGAGGUGGAGAGCUUCGCAUCUCUCUUCCCUCUGCCUGGCCUGCCUGACUUCUAGAGGAACCCGCACCUGCCCGGGAACCACUUGCUCAAGGACCCGGUGCCCUUCUGAGAAGAGACGAGCGGCCCCACGCAGUACCCGGCUGUGUCAACGUCUCUGUGCCCUCUGAGGGGUAUUCUUUUGCGACUUUGCUCAAAUUACCUCCUUCACGAAUCAAAAUUUGUUUUUAAGACCCACUGUUAGUAAUUUAGUAAUUCUGGGACAAGUUAUCAGGGGGUUCACAUGUGACCCUUUCUCUCAGCUGUAUAAACAGUUCUUCUGGAAAAACGAAAUACUUAGACUGGCUUCAGGGCAGACGACUGGAAAGACCCCGGUAGGUGUACUCGCCCUUCUCUGAGUUCCUGGGCUUCCCCCACACUCUGAGAUAGACAACCACCCGAGUUCGGAGCUGCCACCAGCUGCCCCUUCUUAAUACCUUGUUACGCGGAGGGCUGCCAAAGGACGACUGACUUAGGGCUGUCACAACUGAGGAGGGAAAUUUUGAAGCUUCUGGUGAGUUCUAUACAAGGUGCCGUGGGCUUUCUCCACAGCAGCUUAGGACAUCAUAGGAAUGACCUCCUUCACCCCACCCCAUCCCUGGGGAGUGCCAGGUCCCAUCAGGGGUGAGAACCGGGGGGCGGGGGGGGUCCUGCCCUGUGCCAGAUAACCAACUCCCUCCUGUAAUCAGGAAACCAAAUGUCACCUUCCCAGAGAAACUUUAUUUUUCACAAAGCUGAAGUGCGAAACAUAGAUGACCGUUUUUAAUAAUAAGCACAAUCAAAUUUUUAACCACAGAAUGUCUACAAGAAUUAUAGCUUUAAAAAAUACAACCAAUUUUUAUAUUUCAAAAAUAUCUGAACUCAAAUAAAUUAAUUUCUUAAAAA